AUAUAUAAUAUUAAAUAACACUAAUUGAGAAUUAUUAUUAUUAUUGUCAAUUUAUAGGCAUAUUCUAUGAUUAUUUAGAAGCCGAGUACGCCGGAGUCGUUAAAAAUGGAAUGAACAUAACAUUUAAAAUCAAAAUUUAGCCAUCGAACAAAAUUGAACAAAUCCAAGCUCUCUACAAAAUAGAUAAAUAAUCAUGGCAUUAACUUUAUGCAAGUGCUUAGCGCUAUUGUUUUUGAUCGAAAACGUAGUUUGUGCACCGCCGUCGUAUGUUACUAGCACUAGACCGUCAGUUCGGUUGUCCGAUCAAGAAUUCGAACAUCUCGUUAAGGAAGAACAAGAACAAAAUCCUAAAACUCAUCAAGAACCUCCAAACGAGAAAACAUUGGACGACUUGGGUAUUGAAUACAACCGUUAUUUACGUGAAGUCGUAGAAGCAUUAGAGAAGGAUGAAGAUUUCAAGAAAAAACUUGAAACCGCCGAUGAAGCUGAUAUUAGAACCGGUAAAAUAGCCGAUGAACUAGACUACGUACAUCAUCAUAUACGAUCAAAGUUGGACGAACUAAAACGACAAGAACUAAUGAGACUGCGUUCUUUAACCAAAAACGGCUAUAGCGACAUGGUGAACGAACCGGGCCACGUCGAUCACCAGAAUCCACAUAGUUUCGAAAAAAAAGAUUUACUUAAACUUAUUAAACAGGUGGCUCAAGAUCUAGAAGAAGCAGAUGAAAAACGCAAACAAAUGUUUAAAGAAUACGAAAUGCAAAAACAUUUCGAACGGGAACAAAAAUUGAAACAAAUGACCGAUGCUGAACGAGAAAAAUUUCUAAUUGAAGAAAAAGCAGCCGAAGCGCAGAGGGAAAAUAAACAUAAAAGCGACCCUAUUCAUAGUCCCGGAAGUAAAAAACAGCUUGAAGAAGUAUGGGAGAAACAAGAUCAAAUGGAAGGAGAAGAAUUCAAUCCGAGAGCGUUCUUUGCAAUGCACGAUAUCGAUGGCAAUAGUUUUUGGGACGAAGACGAAGUAAAGACGUUGUUCUUGAGAGAGUUGGAUAAACUUUACAACCAGGGUAUGAGCAAAGUGGACUUGAUGGAGAAAGCAGAAGAGAUGGAGCGCAUGCGCGAACACGUAUUCAACGAAAUGGACGUGAACCGAGACAGACUUAUCAGCUGGGACGAGUUCAAGCGCGUGUCCGAACAGCCGGCCUUUGAAAAGGACGAAGGGUGGAAAACUAUCGAUCAGAACGAGAUAUACACCAACGACGAGCUUAAGAAAUUCGAACAACACAGACAGCAACAAGUCGACCAAAUGAUACAAAACGGACGGAUUCCUCAGUACCCUCCUGAAUAUUAUCAGCAUCAUCCAGAAAUCCCAAAUCCUUCGUUACAUCACGGUCCUAAUUAUCAAGUAAAUUCUAAUCAGUACCAUCCUCAAUACAUGGGACAUCCGCAACAAGCCCAACAACCGUACGUCCAUCCGCAACAAGCCCAGCAACCGUACGUCCAUCCGCAACAAGCCCAGCAACCGUACGUCCAUCAGCAACAAGCUCAGCAACCGUACGUCCAUCCUCAACAAGCCCAGCAACAAAACGACUACUUACAGCAACAGCAGCAGUUUGCCCAACCCGUACGGCAAGUACCGCAAAAUCAACAACCUGCGGCUGCGCAACAGGCGCAAAGCCAACAGCAACAACAACCUGCUAACCAACAGCUACCUCAAGCGCAACCACAACAGCAGCAAAAUGUUCCUCCUGUUCAACAAUAUGCACCGCAGCAACAACAGUACCAAGCUGGUGGUGGUGAUACAUUGAAAAAUCAAAAGAUCAAAAUCAACGACGUUGAAUCUAAUAAUAAAAUCAUUAAGAACUCGAAAGAAAAUUAUGGAAAAACCGGACACGUGGCGGGAACUCGUUAAGGUUACGUUAACAAGGCGAUCAAAUAUUUGAGCUUUUACUCUUUAUUAUUCUAUUAAAAAAAAAAAAAAUUUACUCCAUAAUAUUAUUUUGUUAUUUAUAUUAUAUACAAAACAAUUAUACUUAAUUAAUCUUUUAUAAA